AUGAGCAUGCCAGAUGAUGUAGCACUGCUGGCUCGCAAAGGAAUCAUCGCGCAUCAUAUGCGCACUGACAGAGAUGUAUCACAGCUUUUUACCAGGCUGACAAAAGGUGUUGUCUUCGAUUUCUACGGGAACUAUUACCUCAAUCACCUGUGUUUAGCCCUGGAGGCAUAUUAUCAAAACCGUCUGCAUAGGUGGGUUGCGUGGCUGAGGCACAACCAUUUCAGCAACCCAUGGCUGGUGGUCGCAGCAUUGGCUGGUGUUACUGUGCUUUUCUGCACCAUUGCACAGACUGUCCUUACUGUCGAGUCUUAUGUUAAUCCCAAGUAA